AAUGAUUGGUGCUUUGACUAGGAAUGUUAUUCUUGACUUUCGUCCCGAAGAUUCAAUAACUAUUGUUAAUAUAAGCUAUACAUCACCCUAUAAUUAUGACCUUAGUUGUAAAAGUGAAGUAGGAAAAGCUGAUACUUGCAAAUUCUAUGACGAAUUUCAAGAUGUAAUGAAUAAAACUUACGAUAGGAUUGAGGAGAUUGUUCUUGAGUCUAGAUAUUAUGGAUCGGAAGUUCUAGGUUGGGCUAGGAAAGAUACUCAUGAAUUUCAGUGCGUUUCCGGUUACGAAGAAGAUCCGUACAAUAGUAAUUUAUGCAGACCAUGUCGAAUAGGUUCUUAUAGAAACUCUAGAAGAUCUUAUAAAGAAUGUCAACCUUGUCCUCCUGGUCGUUAUUCUUCCAUGGAAGGUCUACCAAAAUGUAACAAAUGCCCUCAGUAUAAAUUUUCAACUUUCUACGCAUCGAAAACAGUAGAUGACUGUAUAGACGCAAAACCAACUUGGUUCCUACUUUUAGGUGGUUCAAUAACCUUGCCUUGUAUUCCAUCUAUCGACUUUGAAAGAGUAGUUAGAAAUAGAGUAAACAUAAAAUGGACUGUUCCAUUUAAGGAGACGUAUUUAACUGCAGAUUCGAAAGAAUUUAUGGGUAUGUUUGUUUCAAAAGAUGGUAGUCUGCACUUGAAAUCUCCGUCUUACCGUUUAGCAAACAACUUACAAGAUAUUAAUUGUAUAAUGGAUUAUAAAUUUGAAGAAAAAACUCUUUAUUGGCCAAAAUCAAUUGAAAUUUAUGGAUUUAAAGCUUUUAGUAGGACUGAUUACAUAAUGAAAUUAAAACCAGGUACAAAAUGUAUGAGCAAGGAUGUUGAAUAUGCUUUAGUCGAAGCUUAUCGGAUAAGCGAAGAGAUAGGAAAACGAUUAUUGGAUAAUGGUAUAAUUCGUCAGUUUAAGAUAAGCGCUUUGUGCAAGAGAUUUGAAAGGGCCGUUCCCUUUAUCAAAAAGAGAAACUUACUCGCCAAAUACUUUCCAUUUGCCCAUAAAAGAUAUGGGAAGAUUAAUGCUCCUAAUCCUGCCGAUUAUGAACAAAUACGUAUAACUUUACAAAUGGAUCCAGUACAAGAAUAUAAAUACGUCGAACAUUGCAGUACUCUAUCACACUCUAAAAUGGUCACCAAGGAUAAUAUUCGAAAUAGGUUUAAUAAAUUAUACAAGAGAUACAAGCAUUCAACGAUACUUUUUAAACCAAAAAUAGACUAUCCUGAAGACGUAACAUCGGAUUUUGUUGAACGCUAUUGUUUAUCAAAAUUACAAUAUUCUCUUGCGGAAAAAAUAGGAGUAACAUUAAAAUCUGAUAAACAAAUUCAAAAGGCUUUAUCGACAAUUGCAGAAGAAGAAAAUUUUCAGACUGAAGUUUGGGUUAGUUGCCCAAAAUCUUUUGAACCAGAUGAUUUUCUGUUGUUGUGUCAAAGUUGUAAGAAAGACUCCUGCUUGGAAGUUAGCGUACCGAGAUUAUCUCCAAGUGAAACACAGGUUCCCACUGUCCGUGAAAAGUUCAUAACAACAACUCCUCUACCUACAUCAAUAGUUGUUUCUUCGUUUAAAGUGAUUGUUAUUAUUUGUUCUAGUGUUGUUAUCUUUUUUAUAUUUAUUGUUAUAUUCUUUAUCUUUUAUUUAACGUCGGGAAAAGGUAAAUUAAAAGCUAGACAAAGGACUGUAACUAUUUGCGAAUCUCCUCCUCCAGAUUCUCUACUAGGCCUAGAAGUACUAAGUCAAAAUAGAUUUAGAGUAAGUAUAGCAGUUGGAAAAGAUGAACUUGGAUUUCUACAAAUGUUAGACGAUAUUGAGGAUGAUAAUGAAGAUGACGAUAAUCAUUAUAUAAGCAAGGAACGCGAUCGACAAGAAAGAAAAACUUUGAAGAAGAAAAAAAGAAAGAAGAAGAAGAAGAAUAAAAAAGAUAGCAGUAAAUGA